AUGUCGUCCAUAUUGCAGUUCACCCCUCCUGUGGUGAAGAAGCUUUUGGGCUGGAAGAAGUCGAGCAGUGGAACGGGCGUAGCAGGUGGUGGAGACCAGAAUGGACAAGAGGAGAAGUGGUGCGAGAAGGCUGUGAAGAGCCUCGUGAAGAAGCUGAAGAAGACAGGCCAGCUUGCUGAACUGGAGAAAGCAAUCACCACACAAAACUGCAACACAAAAUGUGUCACCAUCCCGAGCAAUUGCUCUGAAAUAUGGGGACUGAGUACACCAAAUACGAUAGAACAGUGGGAUACAUCAGGCCUAUACAGCUACCCUGACCAAACCAGAUCACUAGAUGGCCGCCUGCAAGUGUCCCACAGGAAGGGGCUUCCCCAUGUCAUCUACUGCCGCUUGUGGCGAUGGCCGGACCUUCACAGCCACCACGAGCUGCGCGCCAUCGAAGCCUGCGAGUACGCCUUCCAUCUCAAGAAGGACGAGGUCUGCAUCAACCCCUACCACUACCAGAGGGUGGAGACUCCAGUGCUGCCUCCUGUUCUUGUGCCAAGACACUCAGAAAUCCUCCCAGAGCUGCCACCUCUGGAUGACUACAAUCAUUCCAUACCUGAGAACACAAACUUCCCUGCAGGAAUUGAACCUCCGAACAACUACAUACCAGAGACUCCUCCACCGGGCUACAUCAGUGAGGAUGGAGAGGCCAGUGAUCAACAGAUGAAUCAAAGCAUGGACACAGGUUCUCCAGCAGAGCUCUCCCCCAGCACUCUGUCUCCUGUCAAUCACAGCAUGGAUCUGCAGCCGGUGACGUACUCCGAGCCAGCCUUCUGGUGCUCUAUAGCGUACUACGAGCUCAACCAGCGCGUCGGGGAGACGUUCCACGCCUCUCAGCCCUCGCUAACGGUGGAUGGGUUCACAGAUCCAUCGAACUCAGAGCGGUUUUGUCUGGGCCUGCUGUCAAACGUGAACAGGAACGCCACUGUGGAGGUGACUCGAAGGCACAUAGGACGGGGAGUCAGACUUUACUAUAUCGGAGGGGAGGUGUUUGCUGAGUGCUUGAGUGAUAGCGCUAUCUUUGUCCAGAGUCCAAACUGCAACCAGCGGUAUGGCUGGCAUCCAGCAACAGUGUGUAAAAUUCCUCCAGGUUGUAAUUUAAAAAUCUUCAACAAUCAAGAAUUUGCUGCCCUACUGGCGCAGUCAGUCAACCAGGGCUUUGAGGCAGUCUACCAGCUCACCAGGAUGUGCACCAUCCGGAUGAGCUUUGUCAAAGGCUGGGGAGCUGAGUAUAG